UGGAUCUCAUUGUAAUGUAAACAGUGGCAGAUAAGCAGUGGCACAUCAUGUCUAAUGAAGAAAAGUGGGUCACUUUGAGUCCAAACGAAUUCUCUCGUCUUCAGGACUAUGCACAAUACACGACUAAGAAACUAAAAGAUGUUCUCCAGGAGUUUCACGGAGGUGGGAUUCUGGCCAAGUAUAAUCCCGAAGAGAGGCCGGAAAUCCUCAAUCAGGAGAUUGACUUUGAGGGUUUCAAGCUCUUUAUGGAGACGUUCCUGGAGAAUGAACUUGAUGAAGAGUUUUGUGAGCAUCUCUUCCUCAGUUUCUGUAACAAAGACCCAAAGCCGAGCCCCUCCAUGACAGACAAGCAGAGAAUUAUGGGUCUGAAACUGAUAAAGGGCAACUGCACACCCCUGAAGGCAACGUCCUGGUCUAGACCUCUCAGUACGGUCCAGCUGAAGGACAUGAUCUGCUACCUCUCUCUCCUAGAAGGCGGACGACCAGAAGACAAGCUUGAAUUCAUGUUUCGUCUGUAUGACACAGAUGGGAAUGGGUUUUUGGACAGUAAGGAACUGGAGCACAUUAUUUCUCAAAUGAUGCUUGUGGCAGAGUAUCUGGAGUGGGACGUCACAGAACUGAAGCCGAUUCUGGAGGAGAUGAUGCAGGAGAUUGACUAUGAUAAUGACGGGAUGGUUUCUCUGGAAGAGUGGCUCCAGGGCGGCCUGACCACCAUUCCUCUGCUUGUGCUGCUUGGACUCGAAACUAAUGUAAAGGACGACGGGCAGCACGUGUGGAGACUGAAGCACUUCAGUAAACCUGCCUACUGUAACCUGUGUCUAAAUAUGCUGAUUGGAUUGGGAAAACAAGGCCUCUGCUGCUCCUUCUGCAAGUACACCGUCCACGAGAGAUGUGUGUCUCGAGCCCCCCCGUCCUGCAUCAAAACAUACGUCAAAUCCAAGAAAAACACAGAGAUUAUGCAUCAUUUCUGGGUGGAAGGAAACUGUCCAAGCAAGUGCGAUAAAUGUCACAAAACCAUCAAGUGUUACCAAGGGCUUACGGGCCUUCAUUGUGUCUGGUGCCAGAUUACUCUACACAACAAGUGCGCUUCACAUGUCAAACCUGAAUGUCACUGCGGGUCGCUGAGAGAUCACAUACUUCCUCCAAACACAAUAUGCCCUGUUGUGUUGGAGAGACAGUCUACUUUGAGGAAAGACUCCAACCAAUCAGGAGGACGGACGAAAAUACAGAGGACCAAUUCAGUGUCAGUGGAUGGACAGGGGCUACAGAUCACAGCAUUAGAAGGAACUCAUCCUUUGUUGGUGUUCGUCAACCCUAAAAGUGGUGGCAAACAAGGUGAAAGGAUCUUCCGCAAGUUCCAGUACCUCCUGAACCCUCGUCAAGUCUACAACCUGGCCAAAAAUGGCCCGAUGCCUGGCUUAAAUUUCUUUCGGGAUGUGCCAGACUUCAGAGUUUUGGCCUGUGGUGGAGACGGCACCGUCGGCUGGAUUCUUGAUCUUAUAGACAAAGCCAACUUUGAACGGAAUCCUCCUGUGUGUGUUCUUCCUCUCGGCACAGGAAAUGACCUCGCAAGGUGUCUGCACUGGGGUGGAGGCUAUGAUGGAGAAAGUCUCCUGCAGAUUCUGAAGGAUAUUGAAGACAGCAGUGAGGUGAUGCUGGACCGGUGGAGGAUCGACAUCACUCCUGUAAACCGAGAUGAAGGAGGAGAUCCCGUCCCGUACAGCAUAAUCAACAAUUACUUCUCUAUCGGUGUGGAUGCAUCCAUCGCUCAUCGUUUCCACAUUAUGAGAGAGAAGCAUCCAGAAAGGUUUAACAGCAGGACAAAGAAUAAGCUUUGGUACUUCGAGUUUGGGACCUCAGAAACCUUCUCAGCAACUUGCAAGAAGCUGCAUGAUUAUCUUGAGGUGGAGUGUGAUGGUAUCACCCUGAAUCUCAGCAACAUCUCGUUGGAGGGCAUCGCCAUCCUGAAUAUUCCCAGCAUGCACGGCGGUUCCAACCUAUGGGGAGAGAGUAAGAAACGGAGGACUCACCGUCGAACUGGAAAAAAGUCUCCAGAAAAGAAAACCACUAUUGUUGACCCCAAACAACUCCUUUUUGCUGUCCAAGACCCGUCAGAUCAGCUGCUGGAGGUGGUGGGUCUGGAAGGAGCGAUGGAAAUGGGACAGAUCUACACAGGGCUGAAGAGCGCUGGCAGACGGCUGGCUCAGUGUUCCUCCAUCACUAUCAGAACCAGUAAAUCCCUCCCUAUGCAAAUAGAUGGUGAGCCGUGGAUGCAGAGCCAGUGCACUAUUAAAAUAGUGCAUGAGAAUCAGGCCCGGAUGCUGAUGGGUCCUCCUCAGAGCUCCAGCUUCUUCUCCUUUUUCCGCCGUGACCGCAGAGAGAGCAAAGACUGACAACUCACCACAUCUGAGAUCAAGAUGAAAACCUGCCACGAGUCCAAAUGAGAAGGUCCCUGAAGGUUGUGUUUAAGAUUUGUAGAUUUCAGCCUGCAGUUUUCUGUCUGGGCUGUUUGAUGAAACUGACAUGUUACCGCUCAUUAAGGAAGACAAAGGCCAACUGGAGUCAUUUAUUCACAGUGUGUUUAAAGUCAAAAAGUGUCAGGUUAAAAUAUGUGUUCAGUAUAAAUUCAUGACUCAUAAACAGAAAUGAUUUUAUUUCUACUGUAUAUGUUAUUUAAGGUCCAGCAUUACUGGAGAUUACUGCAAGAACAGACAUGACAAAAGGAAAACUAAAUGCUUUUGAACUUAAAUGAUGCAUACAGUAUGAAAUAUUAGUGUGCAUUUGCAUGACAUUAUUGUACUUAAAAUGCAAAAACCUUGACAAUAAUGUUGUCAAAGCGACCUCUAAUCAUACAGAUCUGCAAAAAUUGACUAAAAGUGCUGCAUUCUGCAUUUUCACAAAUCACUGUAUUUUACAUGGUGACAAUAAUAGUGUCUUUUUUUUUUAAACCGUCAUUGUUGUUGAAACAAUUUUCAAAACUUCCUGAGAUAAGACAUGGCCAAAGGGAAAACUAAAUGCUUUGGAACUUAAAUGAUGCAUUUGAAGUAUUAGGGUGCAUUUGCAUGCAACGAUGUACUGAAAAUGCAAAACCUACAAAAAGUCAUUGUUGUGAAAAUGAACUGCUAAAACACAAAAGUUUCAACUUGUAGUUCAUAAUGUAGUUGUGCAAAUGUAUUUUAGACAAGUGUAUAUGCAAUCAAAUGCUUGGUUAAAAUCCAAAAUUUUAUUAUAUUAUUUAUGUAAUUAUAUUAGUUAAAAUUGCAACUGAGCCAGAGAGUAAUGCAUGCCUACAGUGAACGUAUUUAUAAGUUAUGAAUCCAAGGGCGUAUAUACGCUCUUGACAUUGGUGGGGACAUGCAUCCCUAGAGCGUAUGCAUUGAACAGCACAAAUUCUGUUUCACGCUUUAAAAAAACAUGAAUAACGUACUUAAUAAUAUAAAAUAAACACUUAAUAAUACAAAUAACAUCCUGUCCCAUGCUGCAAAAGUCAAUUUACAUGAUUUUACUGCAGUCAGGCUGUGAGGAGGUAUGAAUGAAGAGGAAUUUAAAGAGGUGUGUGUUGCAAUUUAACUGUUUUAUCCCGAUUGUUUUUUUUUAUAUAUAUAAUCAUGGAAAGGCCAAAAUUGAAACAGAAUUUUGAUUAGUUGCACAGCCUUGGUUAAUAGUAUUACGCUGAACUUGACUUGUAGGUUAAGAGCUGAUGAAGCAUUACUUUAUUUUGAAGUUGAUUAAAUUAUUGGUAGGGACAUUUCAGUAAUUGGUGGACAUUAGUGGGGACUUCCCUCCUUUGUCCAUUCCAAUUCUACGCCCUUGUAUGAAUCAAUGUUCUUUUAAUGUAAAGUUUGAAGGGUUAGUGCACACAAAAAGAAAAAAUCAUUAAUUAAAGACAUUAAGUACAAUGAUGUACUGAAGAUGCAAAACCAUUGACUGAUGUUGUCAAACCGAUCUCAUACAGUUCUGCA